AUGUCAGCCGACGGUUAUCGAGUAGAAAUAACACAUUACCUCAACCCUCAUUUGAUAUGGGUUGAAGUAUUAGAUCCCUCGAAUGCAAAAGAUGAGUACGUGUUCGAACAGGUCGGAUUAUAUGGCAUACUACCAUUAGACAACACUUUAGAUAUUGUACUUAAUGAAUUAAAGAUCCAAAAAUGCGAUAAAUGGAUACCAGCAGCUACAAAAAAAUUAAAAGAAAUCUUCAACGAUAGUACUGAAGUCUGGUUUACUCCCACCUACAUAGAUCGAGGAACAUCAAUAUUUGAUGAUAAUAUCCAUAAAUAUGGAGAAUUAUUAAUAAAACAUAAAGAUGGUAAAUUGAAAAAUGUAUCCAAACUGUUAAUCACAACAAACCUUGCCUAUUUUGAUGAGAAUGAUUUUCAUCAAAAGUUAAGUUCUGGUAACUUAGAGACUAAACUUUCAUCCACCAAAACAGAGGAAGUUGUAAGAAAAAUUGAAAAAUUUUAUACUAAAAAUAACCCAAUGCUAAAAUCAAAGAAAGAGGAAGCAGUCAAAAAACAAACCUCAGUAUUUCAAAUAUCUCGAGAAUUUGAAUCAUUAUUAACAGUACGUAAUGUUGAAAGACAUAACAAUGAGAUGCUCAGUCAGAUUCUGGAACAGAAAGCUAGAGAUUUUGAGUUGUGUAAGGAAGUGGAUGAAGAAUCCGUUGGUUGUGGGUUUAAACUGAAAUCUGAUAUUGAAAAAAUUGCAUUCAAACAAAGGCAGGCAACUCAUAGAUCUCAGAGUAGUACUAAUUAUGAAAAAACCUUUGAUGAUAUUAAAACCUUUUUAACUACAAAUUCUAAAGAAAAACGUAAUACAGAAAGUGAAGUUUCAGAACGGGAUAGUAAUCAAUUAGCUCUAAGUGCAUUGUUAAAUAAAGGGAAACUUCUUUUCAAUAAGUUGGAUCAAACAAAUAAAAGUGAAUCAGAUAAAAUGGAAAAUAUUCAAAGUACCAGCACAAAAACUGAUGAACCAUUAAAGUCUAAGGAUGAAGCGACAUGUAAAUCUAUAAAGAAUAAAAAACCUAGCUCGCACAAAGACAGCAAAGGAUCUUUUAAUAAAAAAGGAAGCCAAAUCAGUGAUAAAAAAAAUGACGAUGAUGUCAGUGACAAUUCCUCACUAAAGGAAGAUGAAACGUCAAAGAACUCUCCAAACGUUUCCAAACCAUCGAAAAAUAUUAAAAUCGAAAAAAAAUAUAUGAAGCAAGUGGCAUUUGGUCCCCCUGGGCUUGACCCACAAAAACUUAAAAUAGAAUUUAAAUCGUUGGACCCAGGCGGAUCUUACUUUGAAAAUAUGAAAAAAGAACCAAAAGAAAUGGAAUUCGAUGGUAACAAAAUGUUUGUGAACAAUGAAUCUGAUUGGGAUAUGGACAAAAAUAUACAAAAUGAUUAUGAUACACAAAUCAAUAAUGCCACAAUAGAAAAAGAAAAAAACAUAGAGGUAAAAAAAGAAAUUCAAGAAUCCAGCCCAAAUAUAGUUACACCAAAAGAUUGUUCCAUAUUACAAAAGAAAAUGAAAGCCUUAGAAAAAUUUUCACUAAAUAUAUCUUCCUCUAGUUCCCAUACAUUGGAUAAAAGAUCUGUGAGCAGUGACACAAACGAUUCUGAUGAAGGCAUCAAUGUAAAUUUCAAAAGGGUAAAUGCUAAAAACAAAAGCAAUCCAACAGUUAAUAAAGAAGAGAAACCUAAAGAAGUUCUAACUGAAGGUGGUUUAUUGAAAUACAACGUGAAUCCUUUUAAAAAUAUCGAUACUGAUAUAUCUGUGUUUGUCGAUAAGUUGGUGUCGCCAGUGUUGAUGGUACAUUUGAAAAUCAAUAGGUGUGUUCAACCUGUUCAAAAUUUACGUGACGUGUGCUUUAAUAAACAUAUACAUGAAGUCCUAAAAAUUAUGUCGAUUAAAGGCCCAAUGAUGCUACAAACGGUGUCUUGGUCUAUUAUUUUGAGAGGUUACAGCUUAUUCAUGAUCAGUCCUCCAAACAGUGGUAAGACAAUGGGCUAUUUGCCAGCAGUUUGUCGAUUAGUCAGCGAUUCGUCGCCGAUUAUAGGUAGCUCUGGUCCGAUAGCGAUUAUAGUCUGCGCUACGGCUAAAUUGGUUGCGAAUGUAGAAAGAGUGGCGAAAAUGUUUCUAGGGUUAGAGGAUCGAGUUCUCGCGUGCUAUUCCGGUGUCGAUGAUCUUUAUGUCACAACAAGUCUCCUAAACGGUUGUGAUUUGUUGAUAGCUACGCCAUAUUAUCUAUCGAAAUUAUUGCAAAUGUCCGAUUUCAGUGUCGAUUUGAGGCGGUUAUCGAUUUUCGUUCUUGACGAUUGUGAAAGAUUAUUCAGUACGUACGAAGACGAAAUUAAAACAUUCCAAAUAAAAAUAAACAAAAUGUUGAAAAAAAGAACACAGAAAGAAUUAAAAGUUCAGUAUAUACUAGCUUCGCGUGUUUGGUGCGAUAAUAUGGAGGCCUUAGCUUUGAAAGCUCCCGAUACGGUUAUUUGUAUCGGGGCUUUCCAAGAGUGUGUUCUAUAUUCAAAAACGAAUAUGUCCGUUAGUUUCAUCAUAAACGAUAAAGUAAAAUGUUUAUUUGAAUUUUUACAAAAUAUAGACAGAUCGAAAAAGACUGUCAUAGUAUGCGGGUCCGAUGAUGAAGUCAAUAUGCUAGAAAAGGCGUUAAAAAGUUCUAAACAAAUAGUGUACGCGACUAAUAACAAAAUGACUGUACAUGAUUUGUACCAUUUAAGUGCUUCAUGGUCAGAGUGUAAUGUUCCAUUAUUCGGACCUAUAUUGAUUUGUUGCGAUGGAAAUUUGACUCAUAUGAAUAUUACAGACGCACAUAAUUUGAUUCAUUUCUCGUUACCGCAUCUCUAUUCGAUGUUUUGUAAGCGAUUUUCGGUUUUAAACGAUAAUUAUCCAUCGAUAUUUAAAAAUAAUAAUGAUAUGGUCAAAAUAAAAAUCAUUGUCGAGCAAAGCAAUGCGGAACAAUUGCCUAAAAUUAUAAACUUUAUAAAACGUUGCACUGACGUCCCAGAUGUCUUAGAUGGUGUUUGCAAAGAGAUUUUAAAAGAGAAAGAUGUGAUCAGAGCUAAGAAUUUAGUCCCGUUAUGCGAUAGUUUCCUCAUGUUGGGAGAAUGCCCUGACGUUUACUAUUGUCACGAAAGGCAUAACAUUUUAAAAGAUUAUGAUAUGCCACUAGAAUGGUUGCCAACAGAAGGUUUUGUUACUUUCAAAGUUUUACAUUACAAUUCAGCGACAUCAUAUUCUGGCAGGCUUUUGACUAACAUUUCAGACGGCAAUGUUGUAAAAUAUCCGCAAACCUAUAGUUCCUUAUCUCUGAAAAUGGGCUUGUACUAUUGCAAAGAGGUCAAUAGAAAACUUCAUGGUUGUCCCAAAGUAGGUGAUAUAUGCGCCGUAUCUAUUAAAGUCAAUUUGUACGCGAGAUGUCAAGUUGUUAAAAUAUUAAGCAAAUAUGAAAGAGGAAACCCAAAUAACGUACUUAUAAAACUAAUUGAUGAAGAAUGGUAUGAAGUUACGAGAGAUAUUAAUCUUUACCAUUUACCUGAAGAGUUGAAAGCGAUAGAAUCUUGCGUUGCUCAGAUAAAGCUGACUAAUAUAGCGCCUAGAGAUAAUGACAUUACGUUUUCUGAUCUCGCUAAAAACCAUAUUAAGAAAAUCAUUGACAGCGAAGAAGAUCUCUUCCUUAGAGGUCAUAUAGCCUUAACAAUCGGAAAUUGCAUUUUCGUUGACACGUUAGAAGUAUGCCAACAUUUAACGUCUCUGAAUGAAGUUGUUGUUAAGCAUAACAUUAAGCAUGAGUUACUAAAAAAUCACGCAAUUCUUAACGAAGAUCUUUUACCGUGUCUUAAAAAAAUGUGUAUUGAAAGGGGUAUUCCGGUAAGGGGAAAGAUGGAACCAGACUGUAAUAUUACAGAAGAAACUACACAUCAAGAAACACAAAUGAAAAUAAUAUCAGAGAGCCUAGAACGUCCUGCCAACUUUGAAGAAAAAAACAUCGAAGAAAGUCAUGGUUUUAUAAAGAAAGAUCAAAGCAGACAAAUUCAAAAUGAAAUAUUAGGUGAACCUGACAAAGAUUCCAAUAAAGGAGUAUCACAGAACGUAUCUGUUACAGUAAAUACUAAAAAUCUUCCUGAAGAUAAAGUGGUAAAAGAAGUACUGAUAUCUAAUAGCCUGGAACAUUUUCCCGACUUUGAAGAGAAAAGCUUUGAAACUAGUGAUAACAUUAAAAAACAUAGAGUUGAAGAAUCUCAAAUUGGAAAAAUAAAUAAUAAUACAGAACCAACAAAAUCAGUUACACAACAAUCUCUUACUACAGUAGCUACAAAUCAACCUAAAGGCAAGUGGGCAAGUUUGGAAAGCGAUUAUUUAAAUUGCGUGUUCAUCGGGUCGUCGAAAACCCCAGAACAGUUCUUUAUGCGACUUCGCGAUUUCGAAUCCUCUAUGAAAAUAUUAUUAGAUGACAUAGAAAAAUAUGUUGCUAACGUUAAAAGCAAUGAAGUUAUUUUGCGAAAAGGCGAAAAUGUUCUAGCUAAAUUUCCAGAUGAUUCUACAUACGAAAGAGCUAGAAUAGAUGAAAUAAAUGGAGAUAAUGUGAAGUGCUUUUUCUUGGACCAAGGAGAUUGGAUAGAUAUACCUAAAAACCAUUUACUCCCAAUUACCGAAGAGAUCAUUAAUCAAAUACCGUACCAAGCUAUCGAAUGCAAACUACUUGGAGUCCGAGCGCCUGAUGAUAAAUGGAUCGAUUCCACAAAUAAAUGGUUCUACGAUUAUUGUUAUGAAGACGAAAACGGAGAAUUAAAAAUGUUAUAUGCAAAAUAUUACACAAAAGAAGCGGCUGAAUUUACCGGCGGUUUCAAGUAUGGCGUAUUCUUAAUUGACACGAGUACUGAAAAAGAUGUGUUGAUCCAUCAAUUGAUGAUAGAUCUUGAUUUGGCAAAUGAAAAUUCAGAUGAAGUCCAAUACUUUAAAAACGAUAAACGAAAUGCGAGAAACAAAGAAAUGUCAAAUGAAAGUUGUGAAAUUAACGAUAACAUAGUCGAUUUGGUAUCAUCUUCACAGGGUUUUCCCCAAAAACUUAUAAGAACGGUUCCAUUGGUUAAUUCUGAUAAUUCUGACGACGAUGAAGAUAAAUGGGAUGUGAACCUGGACUCAGGUGCUAUGAAAAACAUCGUUUCGUGGGUGAAAGUUCCACAAGAUUCUACAUUGACAGGUAAAACAGAUGGUAAAAAAAUGAUCGUUGAUGCAGAAAUAACUAAAUCUACUAAUAAAUAUAAUAAGUCAGUUACAAAGACAACAAAUCCGGUCAGAAAACCAAAUUUGAAGUGGCGGCAAAACAUAAACACUGUCAUCAUUACCAUAUCAAUCGAUGUCGAUAAAUAUUGCCUAGAAAUUGAAGAUAAAAGUUUAAAAUUUAGUGCCGAAUUGAACAAUGCGAAAUACGAAUUUGAUAUUACACUGUACGGCGUGAUCGAUAAGGAAAAGUCUUCACAUAUUAAAAAAGGCUUAGUUAUUUCGGUUAAAUUAGAGAAAUAUAAUAAGAAAAAAUGGUUAGAGCUAGUCAGUACAAGGGAGAAUAUAAAAAAUUGGAUCUCUUAUGACGUCAGUACUCUUGAUACGUCGUCAGAUGAAGACGACACAUGUCAAGAUACAAAAGAUUUUGAGAAUCACAUGAGAAGAACGCGUGAAGAAGAUUCAGAAUCGGAGGGUGAUGAAUUUGAAGACGAUCUGCACAGU